UGAAAGUAUAAAAAAAGGAUAAUCCCUUCCCUCGUACGAUGUUUGGAGUGGGAGGGUGAAGGUAGAUGGAGAAAGAAGGAAGCACGAGAAGGGUGACGUGCACGAUUUUAGCCAUAGACGACACUGAUAUGUUUUACAGAGUGUGUGCGGUUUGCGAAAGGACGAUUUCCGCCCCCACUUGCCACUGUGGCUCCCCCAACCCUUCCACCAAACGACUCUUUCGCAUCCUGAUGUCGGUUGCCACAGACACGCAGGUUCUCACUGUCGUCUGCUUCGACAGGGUUGCCAGACUCCUCUUUGGCUGCUCCGCCGAUGAAUUCUUCCACUUUGCCAAACUUCACCCUUUUUCUGGUGUCACUCUAAAUGAAAUACUGGAGGGAGAGAUGUUCACAAUGACUUUAUCCAAACCGAUGAAUGCCAAUGCACAACAUACAAGAGUUGCAUCUGCUGUUCCUUUGAGCACUGCAUUUAGACCCGCAAUUCAUCUUUUGAAACAAUGCUACGGAUCACCAAACGCUUCCUAGUCAAGUCACCAUAUUGAUGUUUUCUCUUUUCAAUAUUGUAACUUUUUUUUUUCCUCUUCUUAAUGCCAUGUGUUUUUUGCACAUGAAUAUAAAACGAGGUAUUGCUGCACAUAUUUGUUCAACAAUUGAAAUUUGCUUGAAUAAAAUGAAAUAUAAUAAUGUUGUGCACAAAUUUGGCUACAAGGUUAGAUGAUUUAUUCCGGAUCCUUCAAU